AUGGGAUUGUGUACUGGGCUCUCGGUGAGUGGGAUUGUUUACCAGGCUCUCGGGGAGUGGGAUUGUGUACUGAGCUCCCGGGGAGUGCGAUUGUGUACUGGGCUCUCAGGGAGUGGGAUUGUGUACCGGGCUCUCGGGGAUUGGGAUUGUCUGUUUGUAGUGGUGGAUGAGAGAUACAAAGGACAGCUGUGUGGCUUGUGUGGUACCUACACUGACGACCCACUUGAUGACUUCUUGAAGCCUGAUGGGAUUCUGGCCAUGGAUUCCAAUCAGUUUGGAAACAGCUGGAGAGUUCUUGACAAUGACUGGUUGUGUAAUGAAACGUCUCUACCACCAGCGACCUGCGAUCCAGCAUCGAAAGAAGAGGCCGAGGAAUACUGCAAGAUUAUCUUGGCAGGCAAUGGUCCUUUCAAAAAUUGUCACUGGUACAUCCCUCCUCAGUUGUACUUUGAGAGCUGUGUAUAUGAUCAUUGUGCUUCUGGAGGAGAUGCUGUCCUGUUGUGCAAUGCUCUGGAGGCGUACGCUUCAGCCUGUGAAGCAGCUGAUGUUGUUCUAGGAGACUGGAUGGAAGAGAGUGGCUGUGUUGAGAAAAGUUGUGCACUGGGCUGCAAUUUUGACAGCAACCUGUGCAGUUGGACACAAUCCAAGACAGAUGAUUUGGACUGGAAGCGCAUCAGUGGAUCGACUCCCUCAGCUCGCACAGGGCCUUCGUUCGACCACACCAGUGGAGGUGGCUACUACAUCUAUAUUGAAGGCAAUGAAGGCAAUGAAGGAGACAAAGCCCAACUGGUCAGUGCUCUGUGUGAUAAGACAGGGGAUCAGUGUAUGCGAUUCUGGUACCACAUGUAUGGAGUGGCUCAGAGCAUGGCUUUGAAUAUUUACCAGCUUGAAGUUGGGCUUCCCCCGUUACUGAUCUGGUCAGAGAGAGGCAAUAAAGGAAACCAGUGGAUCGCAGCAGCAGUGGACCUACACCUGUCUGGAAAAUCUCAGAUUCUCAUUGAAGCAGUCCGGGGCAAUGACUAUCGUAGUGAUGUCGCUGUAGAUGACAUUUCCUUCCAUUCUGGAUGUUGUGGAGGCAAUUGUGACAUUACAAGCACACUGAGCACUCCAACGCCAACCAGUACCAUGCCUCCUGUCACAACAGGUCAUGCUACAUGCAGUGUUUCUGGUGAUCCCCACUACAACACUUUUGACAGGAGUGUUCACCACUUCAUGGGAACAUGCACGUAUGUGCUGUCCAAACCAUGCAGUGAUUCCUCAGUGCUGCCUUACUUCUAUGUUGCGACUACCAAUGAGCACAGAGGUACCAACACCAAGGUGUCCUGGGUGAAAUCUGUACAUAUAUUUGUCUACAACAACUCUCUUUCAAUCAUGAAAAAUCAUAAAGUAUUGCUCAAUGGAAAUAGAAUAAACCUACCUGUGACUGUUGGAAACCUCCUGGUAGUGCGAAUGAGUGGUGCCUAUAUUUUACUAGAGACUAACUUUGGUCUGUUCGUGAGAUUUGAUGGCAGCCACCACGUUGAUGUGUCUGUACCAUUUACGUAUGCUGGACUGCUCUGUGGCAUGUGUGGUAACUACAAUGGUGACCCUGCUGAUGAUCUUAUUAUGCCUAAUGGCAGUCUUGCAACCGAUUCUAAUAAACUCGGAGAGAGUUGGCAAGUACCUGAUAUACUAACUGAGUGCAAUCAUGGUGAGAAUGACUUUCAAUGUGAUCCAAAUUUAAAGGAGAAUGCAAAGAAAGAUACGGCUUGUGGAAUGAUUACAAAUCUGUCAGGUUUAUUCAAAGAGUGCCACCUUAAAGUUCCACCUGAGAAUUACUUUGAAAAUUGUGUCUAUGAUAUGUGUAUGAGCGGAGGACAGUCUACAACACUUUGUUUCGCCAUACAAACCUAUGCUGACUUGUGUGCUCAAGCGGGAAUUUGUAUAGAGUGGAGAAAUAGUUCUUUUUGCCCCCUAUUCUGCCCCAGUGGUAGUCACUAUGAGAGAUGUGGCACUAGUUGUCCUGCUACUUGUACAGAUCUGUCUGCACCAGACAACUGUCUUCUACCAACUGUUGAAGGAUGUUUCUGUGACCCUGGAUAUGUUUUGAGUGUGGACCAAUGUGUUCCAAACAGUCAGUGUGGUUGCGUGGAUGAUAUUGACAAAUACUAUCAGCUAAAUGAAAGUUGGUUCACACAUGAGAACUGUACCGAACGCUGUACAUGCUUGGGCAAAAAUAAUAUCAACUGUACAGCUUGGAAGUGUGGAGUGUUGGAAAAAUGUGAGAGACAGGAUGGAGAGCUGGGCUGUCACAUGACAGGAAGUGCAUCCUGCUCUGUUGAUGGUGAUGCUCACUAUUAUACCUUUGAUAAAAUCGUGUACACAUUCUCGGGCACUUGUGCAUACACCCUGGUAAGGGUCUCUGACAACAGCAAUGUGGUUCCUAUCAACAUCACUGCAUUGAAUGAAGCGCAUAGCCAGAACCUCUCAACAUAUCUGAGAGAAAUCUACAUAGAUGUGUAUGGUGUUCAUCUCACGCUGCAGAAGAACAGGAGGAUCUUGCUAAAUGGGAAAAGCAUUCGCACACCAAUGCAGAGACGUUUGAGAGGCAUAAAUGUUCUAACAAAUGGUAUCAACACAAUUGUUGAGACAGAUUUUGGAAUGUCACUGAGAUAUGAUGGCAACCACAAUCUUGAGAUCAAUUUACCAAACUCAUAUUAUUCAAAGGUGUGUGGUUUGUGUGGUAAUUACAACGGCCAAAAGGGUGAUGAGUUGCUAAUGCCUGAUGGUCUAAUUGCACCCAGUGUAACUCACUUUGGAAACAGUUGGAAGUCAGAGGAAUAUAGCAAUGCAGGCUGUCAACCAGGCUACAACAAAAAACAAAUGGCAUCUCUUUGCACGCCAGAAGAGAAACUAAUUAUUGAGUCCCAGUGCCAGGAGCUGCUGCGUGAUAAAUUCAUACCUUGUCAUCACUUUGUUAAUCCAUAUAUUUUCAUCGAGAACUGUAUUCAAGAUAUGUGCAAAUAUAGUGCCAUGAUUUCAACACUCUGUGAUAAUUUCCAAAAUUAUGUUGCUGCUUGUAAGGAAGAGGAAGUAGAAAUCAUGUGGAGGAACAGUACUUUCUGUCCUCAGUAUUGUCCACCAAACAGUUACUAUACGACCUGUGCUCCAGCUUGUCCUCCUGCAUGCAAUAAUAUCUAUGCAGGACACAGCUGUGAUAAGUCUUCUGUGUGCAUGGAAGGAUGCGUAUGUAACAAUGGUUUCGUAUUCAGUGAUGACAGCUGUAUUUCAAUCAGUGAAUGUGGCUGCAGAGACAAAAACGAUCAUUACCAUCGUAUUGGAGAGACUUGGCUGACCCAACAUUGUGCCCAAAAGUGUAGCUGUGGAAAAGAUGGUGAGAUAAACUGUGCAGACUAUGGUUGUAAACGUAAUGAGUACUGCAGUCUGAAGAGAAAUGGCCAGUAUAUCUGCAAAUCCACUGCUGGCCCCUGUCACAACAAUCCAUGUGAAAAUGGAGGCACUUGUCAGGAGGUAACUAAUGAAACAGAUGGUUCUCAGAUCUUCCAAUGCAAUUGCCCAAUAACCCAUAAAGGACCUCAUUGUGAGGAAGAAAACUCUGAAUGGAAAUAGACAUCUGAAACCUGUCAGGACGAAGGAGUAGGUGAGAUCUCUUCAACAAGAAACUAUACUGUUCAUGAUUGAUAAUGGUAGUGAAUGAUUGUUCUGUCUUCAUUAGUCAAAAGGCCUGCUCAAACCCAUGCAGUAAUUUUCUACAGUUGUCGAAUGGUUUGCCUAGUUAAAUAUUAAUGUAAUAAUUGUUUGUGGCCUUUGAAAUGUCAAACUCAGGGUUUAUAAUUGAAAGCCUUGACCAUGUUCACUUAUCUUCAUUAAAAACACAAAUGUACAUUUUCUAGUCAAUUUCAAAAACAAAUAAAAAUAUGAUUGUUUUCAA